AUGCUGAGUGCUAUCUUUGUAUGUGCGGAAGGUGACGCGAAAUCAUGUCCGCCAGCAGAUGGAGAUGGUGCUGGUGCUUCGGGGUGUACUUCUGAUACUCGUCGUACUCAUGAAACCACUACUACUGCUGGUACUGGAAGUAGUAGUAGUAGUGGUGGAAUCUUUAUAUCUCUCCAUGGUGAAGAAGAUCACUACCGUGUGUCACCCUCUACUAAAGGCUCUAACUCUCAUACCCCACGUGAUCCUUCUUCUGCGACACUAGGUCAGGGUGGACUCCAAGGACAAGAUCACGCGGAUCGAACUGAGGUUCAUGAAGAUGGUAGUGCUGUUUCUUCAGAUAUCGAACACCGAGAAGGUCCAGUUCCAGACAGCAUAUCUUCAUCAUUAAGUGGUGCAGGACAACCGGGUACACAAGAAAGAGUACAAGGAACACAUCCAACAGUAACAACUACGGAAGCACAUUCACCUCAACUUGUUGAUUCCAAACACACCGAAACACAAAGUGAAUCUGAAACAGCCCCAGAUAACAGUACUGUUAAUCACAGUGGUGAUGCUUCGCAGAAUCCUUCACAAGCGACAGAGAAUACUGCAGCAACGAAUACAACUGCCACAACAGGCUCGGAAGAAACCAAUUCCACUACUUUGUCAAGCACCGAGAACACUACCACAGAAGCACCAACCACAACUCCAUCUCCUUCACCUGUACCCAACGCAGAGAUCAGCACUAUUGCCUCCACUCAGCAGAAGAAUAAGGGUAAUGCUGACAGCAGCAGAAUCAGUUCUGUAUGGGUACGUGUGCCACUACUGAUUGUGGUUACACUGGCCAAUGUUCUUGUGUGCUAA